AUGUCGCUCCGCUACUGCUGCUUCUUAAUCGCCUCACUGGAAACGGGAGACUUAGGUGAUGCAAGUUUAGGGAAUGGGGGAGAUUGUCUUCUUUGCUUCUCAAAUCCCUCUCUCAAUUACGUCGGGACGAGCGGGCGGAGGAGCACGGGAAGUGGGCGGAGGAGCACGGGAAGCGAGCCGUGGGGGGAUUCUUGCCACAACGCGGUAAUCGAGUGGGGAACGAGAAAUUCCUCGCUCUCGGCACACCCAAGGCGCGAGGUCCCAUCCGAGGCAGCGGCAGCUUCCUGGGAGGUCGAGGCUAUGGGAGGAACGAAAAUGAUUUGGUGGAAAAGGAAGGUGAUGACGGAUGGGAGGUGA